AUGUACGGCACUUCUGAUAUGAAGUCAAUCUCCGAAGUGGACAGUCUCAUUCACGAUGUGUUGCUCGCAGACGACUUCGAUGCCAAUCACCUCCAGAACUUCAGUGCUGCGCGCGAGCUCAAACGCCUAGACAAGCAUUCUCAGACAUCAGAUGCCUUCGAUAUCCCGACAACCGCGACGCAUGGACUUUCUGACUGGCAAUUCUAUUACGUUAAUAUGUUCAUCGAUCGUGACAUGUUUAUGAAAUACCUCGGUGGUGCUGUCGGACACAAGGGAGCCAGUGUCUCCCCCACGGAGGACAAUGAUGGGAUGGACAUAGACGACGAUGAAUCGGAUGAUGACAAUCAAUCUGUGGACUCGAGAGUGCAAGACGAAGACGAAGACGAAGAUGAAGAUGAACAUGAAGACGAAGACGAAGGCCCGAUUGCACAGGAAGAAGACGACUACGGCUAUGAUAUUUCGGACGACGAAGAAGACGAGGAGGGCGCUGGAGAUGAAGGGAUUGAUCACGAGGAGGAAGAUCUUGGUCCGGAGGACGGCGAGGAUGGUGAAGAGGACGAGUACGGCGAUGAAGGCUAUGCGCCGCUGUAG